AUGCUAUUGAGCAAGUCUGGCAUUUGCCAAAAGGGCAGAGUGUUAAGUACAAGGCAGCUUUUUCAAUCAACAAUGCCUCUUUUAAGCAAACCAAUUAAAGGCUGUUUGCAUACCAUUGAACCCUGUAAACAUAGCCAAAGUCUAGGAGAGAAAGAUGAUGAGGAGGACAAAACACCACUUGAGAGCACCAGCUGCUGCCACCUCUCAGUGACAUCGCAACACACUGCCCACUUCGGACUGUUUUGUGUGGCUGUAAUCACUUCUAGGUUGAGACAUCACAGUGAUAAAAUGUGCAUAGAAAUAAAUUGUAGAUGA